CCCUAGGUAAGUUUUUUGGUUUUCAUGGAGCCGGGGCAAGCGUGGGCUCUAGAGGUCGAGUGUCGCGCGGCCAAGGCUGGCAAGGACGCGCUCAAGCGUCUGGGAUGGCUGGAUUCAGGGCGCCGGAGCCAGCUGACCUGCGAUGGGUCCAAGGUAGCGUUUCCAGUGACAAUGCAGGGCGCCCAGGCGCUACUCUCGAUUUUUGGAGGAGAGAGAGGCCAAGAUCAGUGCGAGCAGCUUGUUGGUUCUCCCGGAGCAAGCCUUGUUUCGUUGGAGCUGCCGGGAAAUCGAAGAAGUAGCAUCGCUCCCCAGCAAAGAUUGAGUAAAGAGGUGUUGCUGUUGCUCCAGGAGCGGGACCUUGACGAGGCGCUCGUGGAAGAGCUUCCAACGAAGUGGGAAAGAAUCGGUGAUCUCGUAAUUCUUCCGGGGAGCUCACUGCGGAGCGAGCUCUGGAAAUCUCUAGGAUCUCCGCUGUGGAAAAUCAUAGCAGAGUGCCUUGGUGUAACCAAAGUAGCACGUCAAGGCCCGGUUGCCUCGACUGGAACGAGAGACAGUGGAGUGGAAAUGCUGCUGGGCGAGGAUGGCUGGGUUGAGCACCGAGAAAACGCUAUUCUCUAUUGCUUCGAUGCCACCAAGUGCAUGUUUUCUUCUGGAAACGUGACUGAGCGCUCGAGGAUGGGAGAACUUAACUGUGACAACGAUGUGAUUGUGGAUCUCUUUGCCGGUAUUGGCUACUUUGUGUUGCCAUUCCUCGUGAGGGCCAGAGCGAAGCACGUCUAUGCAUGCGAAUGGAAUCCACACGCUCUCUACGCUUUGCGCCGGAACUUGCGUGCCAGUGCUGUCGAGAAACGGUGUACCGUCAUUGAAGGUGACAAUCGGCUCACUGCUCCUCGGGAAGUUGCUGAUAGAGUGUGCUUGGGACUUCUCCCCUCGAGCGAAGGAAGCUGGGCUGUGGCAGUGAGAGCUCUAAAGUCAGGCGGUGGAAUUCUUCACGUUCACGAAAACAUCAAGGACGUCGAAGAGGAGGACUGGAUUGAGUACCUCACUAAGUCCCUCCAGACACUUGCAAACGCACAGGGAAGAAGCUGGGAGAUCCGUGUGAACCACAUCGAGCACGUCAAGUGGUAUGCUCCACACGUACGUCACAUUGUAGCAGACGUAUGGUGCAGUUCAUUCAAAGAAACGUGAUAGCUGAGGAAAGCAGAGGCUUCGUCAUUGAAAUCAGCUUUAAAGGUGAAGAUUUUCAACAAUGCUUUUGAUAGUUUGGCGAGCACUGCUUCUCGGAGUUCCACAAUGAAGAAAUCUUGAUGGCGAUUCACAGACCGCUGGUUUGAACUAGUAGUUAUGGUAUUCCCGCGGAAAUAGUAAAUACCACCAAAAUGUAUUAAGGCUCUCACACUCUCUCACUAUGUUGUCUCU